GUUUUGAGUUUAUUUUAGGGUUUGACAAAGCAUACAGCUAGGGGUGGGCCGGGAGAAGAAACCAAGAUGGCAGCAGCAGAUCGGACAGUGUCACAAAGGAGAUGUUAGACACGUGUAUAAGGUUCGGCCUUUCCUAGGUCCUGAGUCCCCGGGGCCUCCAUCGCCCCGCCCCUUCUUCCGGCUGGAGCAUCGAGGCCCAGACCGAUUUCGGCCUCGGCAGAGGGUGGAGCCAGGUUCUCAGCUUCCAGCACGCCUGCGCUACUGCAGGAGCAUCUCGGCGACCUUAGAAGCUGAGCCGGCUUGCUUCCGCUUCCGGGUUGGGAUUAUGGCGGUGGCAAAUUCAAGCCCAGUCAACCCUAUCGUCUUCUUUGAUGUUAGCAUCGGUGGCCAGGAGGUUGGCCGAAUGAAGAUUGAGCUCUUCGCGGACAUCGUUCCCAAGACAGCGGAGAAUUUCAGGCAAUUCUGCACAGGGGAAUUCAGGAAAGAUGGAGUCCCUAUUGGAUACAAGGGGAGCACCUUUCACAGGGUUAUAAAAGAUUUCAUGAUUCAAGGAGGAGACUUUGUAAAUGGAGAUGGCACUGGAGUUGCAAGCAUUUACCGGGGACCGUUUGCAGAUGAAAACUUUAAAUUAAGGCACUCAGCUCCAGGUCUGCUUUCCAUGGCAAACAGUGGCCCCAGUACCAAUGGCUGCCAGUUCUUUAUUACCUGCUCCAAAUGUGAUUGGCUGGAUGGGAAGCAUGUGGUUUUUGGAAAAAUAAUUGAUGGACUUCUAGUGAUGAGAAAAAUUGAGAAUGUUCCCACUGGACCUAACAAUAAGCCCAAGCUGCCUGUGGUCAUCUCACAGUGUGGGGAGAUGUAAUGGAUCUCAGUGCUGAAUCAGGCUUCCUUUUGCUCCAGUGAUGCUUCUGAGAAGAUGGGUUGGCCUCUUUGGUUACCUUUGGGAUCCAGAGAGAGGCUGUGUCAUGGAUUCAGGACUCCAAGCCUUUUAUUUUUAAAUUUUGAACUGUAAAUAAAGCUUGUGUUUUGGUUGUCUUUUUUAUUACUCUA